GUUCGAUGAGCGUCCUCGACCUUUCUAGCGCCAUUACCCAGCACACAACCGACUUGGUUUCGGGAAGCUGGAUAAAUGGAGACCGUAACGCAGCGGUGGGCACCAAUUUCAUGUAUUUUCUCCCUGUUCGCGCAUUAGCGGCAAAGCUAACCUGUGGAUUGUUAGAGCGUUAAUGAAGCUCAACCAGCCCAGCCUCUUUACAGUUGGCCCGAUGCCGGUUCCAGACCCGAACAAUGUUGGGCUUGCUGAUACUAUCCGACCCAUCAUCAAAU